UUCAAGAAGUUUUUCCAAUGAGGAGUUACUAGUUUUCAACACUAAACAUUAAUCGGAUUGCGUUCUAUUUUCAGUAAAUUUGGAAACAUUGACUUAGCGGCGAAAUAAGUUAGACAUUUUCGGUGCGAAACAUCAGAGCAAAAAUUAGUUUUCAAUCAAAUUUUUUUUUUCAUUUGUCGUAUUUUUAUUGGAAAGCAAACAAUUGGUGAAACUUAACGAAAUUAUUUAAAUAUCUAGCGUUUAUUUGUUAACGAAUUUUUCGAUAUCAAAAGCAAAUACUAGUCACCAGCAUUUGUUGAUGGGAUUUCGGUAUCAGGAACUAAAAGACAGGGGGGACAGCAUAGAACUUGAGCACAAGGAAAGCUAUACAACCGAACGCAGUCACAACGGUUAUAUUAAACGACAUAAGACCGUAUUACGCGAACGAUUUCCACACCCGAAUGUCAAGGCAGCGCGCAAGCAGCAGAAACAACAAACAAAGCGCAGCACCUACACAACAACAACACUUAGACCAGAAACAGCAUCGGAGCGAAACACCACCACCGAAACAUUCGGCAAUUCGCCGGAGAGUGGCGCCUUGCUGACGACUUGCCGUGACAAAUCGCACCUGGAACGCGCAGUCAAUCGCACUUCGGUGCAGUUGAAGCGUUUGGCACAUGAAAUUGAUCAUGAAAUUGCCAAAUUGAAGCGGGAAAGGGACAAACUAAUGUUCAGAUCGCGUCCGCACCCGUUGAUGCGCAACGCUGCCAUACAAAACGAUCUGCACACGAAAAUCGAAUCGUUGGACAAACUAAAGGGUAUCGAUACACAGUUUGCCAAAAAUAUCGAGUUUACGAUUGAAAAAUUUUCGAGUCAGCAUAAGUUCGUUUGCACUUCACCGCGUUACGCGCGCGACGAGCAAACCUCGUGUCGGCCGCGCAUGCGCACAAUUGGCCUGCAGAAAGAUACGCAACGCGGCGGUGUUGAGGAUAAUUUGCAAAACCUUAAGGGAAAACUCAACGCUACCAUACAUUAUUCGGCCACCAAUCUGGCGGCUUUGAAGACAAAAGGGUUGCUCGACACCACACCGCCCAACUGCUAUGCCUUCGAUUAUGGCGGCACGGGCGAUGGGCAGAGCGCUGUGAAUGUUUAUCACUUGCAGAACUGUCGUUGCGCUGGCGGUUGCAAUCCAAAUGACUGCAAUUGCACGAAGACUUGUGAGCGCUACAAUAGCGUUGGCAAUUACAAUGGCAUGUUGUGUAAUAAAAACACUUAUGUGGAGAAGGCACUUACGCCGUGUAAAGAGUACAAAUACUGCCGUGAUGAGUAUCAUUACAAUUAUCCGUCGCAGAAUAAAUGUGUAGUGCCGGCGACGAACCAAUCAUGUGUGCCAUGUUCGCCUUGUAUGCCAUGCUAUCAGCCCUGCCAGCCGUGUCAGCCGUAUCAACCAUGUGCAACCUGUUUACCGCCUUGCCCAACCUAUAGUGAGUGUCAACCACCCAAGCCGCAGGCAAAAAUUAUCUAUGGCAGGCGUGUGAGUGACUUAAAUACAGAAGAUUUUUAUCAUCCCACCGCCACGCACGCCACGAAAACAUUUAAACAUGGCAGUCCAAGACACUCAAAGAACAAGGAGCGUUUGACGGUCGAUGUACCGAAGGAUGGACGCACACUUGUUGAUAUUGAAAGAAGUGGUGAUCGCUCGCGUAGCAAAACGGGUCGGAAAAACGAGAGCGAAGAUAAGGCAAGGCAGCGUAGUGCGAAAGCUUAUGACGUCGGUUCUGGGCGUAAAGCGAGUGAAAAGCAUCAAGUGCGCGAGCGUAAGCCACGUCAGGGGAGUGAAUCGUCGGGUAGUGUCGACUCCUCGGAAAAGGCACGUCAAAUGAAGAGCAAGGAAAAACUGCUGGAAAUAACAUUUACCAAGGAGCGGCGUCACAAGCCCUCGUCUGAGUCAGAUGAAUGUAUUACGUACGAGCUGCCAAAGGCAAGCCGAGAGUAUUCACGAGAGACAAAACGCUCUCUGAAGCAAAUGACGAUUACAGCUUAUAAACCCUGUAAGCCGGGCGAAAGUGAAGGCAAAUAUGAUUUAGAUCGAAAAAAGACGCAAAAGAGCAAAGCACAAAGUGCUGAUGACGAUAAAACGUGGGAUGAACGGUUAAGGCAAAUGGAGUAUCCACCAGGACCAGAUGAAUGGCACGCUGGUAUUCCUACUAUAACAGAAGUUUUAGAUGAUUACCGCAUUGGUGAUACCUACGCUAGCAAUGUACCUACAAUCAUACAGGAACCCACUGAAACACAGUAUAGGGCAGGUUAUGGAGAGUUCUUUCAGCUGUCACCGCAACGAAGCUAUGAUAUAAUGCCGGUACAAAAAAAUACAGUCCGAGAUUUGCCGCCAUCUCAAAGUCCCGAACGCGGACGACGUAUACAACGAACAAGCCCGGUGAGGCCUGGAGAGACACCAGUUGGAGCGCAUGAUAGAGAACGAACUGUUAGCGGCACUGGACGAGAUGAACAACCUAGAGUUGCCAGCGACGGCAGACAACGGGAAUUGUAUGAAAAAGAUAGAUCGGAAGUAUUUAGGGCAUAUGGACUUGAAGAGAAACCCAGAAUAGAGAGGGGAUACAGAUCUGUCGGAAAACAAGAUACUGAGAGGAGCUAUGGUCGAGCUUUCGAUCAGAGGCGAUCUAAAAGCGAACAGAAACCGAGAUCAGAUGAAGGUUACAGACCUAUUGGAAAUCAAGGUGCUGGUCGAACUUACUAUGGACAGCGUACUCCAAGAGACUAUGUUCGAUCAAGACAAGAGGAGGAAAGACGUGACACAAACACUUUGUACGAUAACACUUAUGAACCUAAAUUCACUUCUAGUACAGCUCGUUCCGCACGUGACUAUGAGCGAGGUAUUAAAUCAGAUGAAAGGUACGAUCCUCGUGGUUUACCGCGUAAAGUUUAUGGUGAGCCUCGGUCUGCGCAAAUGCCUGGCAGAACUUACGCCUUGGAUGAAACACCCCGUUCGGCUCGCUAUGAAACUCAUAGCCCAACACCAUUACAUAGUCCAACACGUAGGAUGGAGGAUCCUCAUGCUUAUACUCCAGACACGAAACCUCGUUUCCCUCCUGGGUUGAAAUCGGACGAUAACAUAGAAUUUGAAGGAUUUUCACCCUCCCACUCCCGCGAUGAGUAUGGAAAACCAGAAGGAAAAGGAUCUCCAAAAGAACAUAUUAGUGAAACCGACCAGAGAGUGGUGACGGAUCCCGGACAAACAAGUGGAAGAAAAGUUAUGAAGGAAGAAGAUUUUAAACAGGAAGAAGUUACUUUAAUGCGUACCGAUCAACUUGGAGAUAUAGGCUUAUCAUCUAAAAAACCAGAAAUUUCCUCCGCAGAUAUGAAAUUUAAAAACGAUACUCAAAAGGCAGGCACAUCUGAAGAUCCCUAUAGUCCUAGGGCAGACAUUAAGGCUGAGAGUCCAGAUACAACUAAAGGAGCUGAGAGCCCUACGUCUAGCACUCCACGUACGGGAAAGCAGCCUACUACGGGUAGAGGAUUUACAGGCAGCGAGGAAAUAUUGGAAAAUGUACCGCCAGUUCCAGAAAUCACAAUUGAGGAUACAGACGAAAGUGGUAGCAGUGCACCUAGUGGAAGAGGGAAAAGUCCCGAAACAAGUUUACGCGAGCAGGCUAAAUCAGCCAUUAAAGGUGGAACGUUGCAGGAACCAGAACAAUUAAGAUCCCCAAAAUAUAAAGAUCGGGAUAAACUGCGCCAGUUGGAUAGCCGUAGUCAGCCAGAACAAAUAAGAAGCAGUCCGGUUAGACAACCGGGCAUCCAUGAUAGUGCGGUAAUAGGUGGAGGCUUUGCUAGAUCGGAUACAGCUGGCGGCUUGGGUGGGUCUGCAAGCCCACUAAGUCCUUUCCCGAGUCUUGAAACACCAAAAAUUUAUAUGAAACCUCGAGCAUUAUGCACUGAUUACGGUACCGCGUGCUUUCCUCCAACUGAAGACGAUUGCACUAGACGGACUAGUCUACGUUCCAACUGCGUUGCGAACGCGGGAGAUGCUUAUAUGUGUAAACCAUGCAAUACACAGACAACUUCGCCAUCAGCGUCUCCACGCCAAUGUUUAUGUCCAGUAGAAAAUGGUAGUGAAAUUCCUUAUGAAAAGCUAGGCGAUCAAUACGAACAUUCGCCGGUACGCCAAUUAGCAGCUAACUCUCAUAUGGCUGUAGCAUUGCAGUCCGAUACCGCAAUUGCCAAUUAUAAGCCAUUACCUCAACAAAGUUUAUCGAAGAGCUGCAUAACUUUGCGCUCGACCGGAACACAGUACUCGGCGACGAUUAUCGAGCAAAAGGAAGAUCGCUGUGCACCACAGUAUGUACCGCUGCCGAAAGAAUGCAGUGAAAAAUAUGCGGAUCAAGCGAAGAGCUCUGCAGCGCCAUCUACAUGCACAUGUGACUCCUCACGUCAGAGUCAAAAAUCGCCGCUUUCAACUUCGGAUAGUACGAAAAAAAAGUAUCAGUUUCUAUGUGACGAAAACAAUGAGGAGCAAAAUGGAAUGGUGCAAAUAAAGAAUAAUGAAGAGUGGUGUGGUAGAGUAGAAAUAAACUCGGAGAAGAGACAAAUUUUCAUUGGGCAACAUAAACAAAAACCACCAACUCAAUGCGUAGAUGAGCAGAACUAUUUGUUACCAUGGCAACAGGAUGAAAAAUUUAUACCGGGCCAACCAAUAAGUAGUUGCAAUAUGACACCUUGGCAAAAUGGGCCAAUGAAGUUCUUGCAAACGGUACAAAAAAGUCCGCGCCUUCAAAACUACGUGGAACGUAGAACGCCAAGGUUUAAUGCCACUAUGCCGCCGCAUCAAGAAAUGCCGGAAGAGGAAGAUCGAUGUGCACAAGAACUAUCACAGUACAAGCCGCAGCCACGUGUGCAAUUUAUGGAGCAAUACAGCAGCUGUGGACCGGCCUGCUAUGCCCAGGAUGAAGCAGCGAAUUUACAGAAUGAAACAGCAGAGUCUAUGCGCAACUGCACGCCAAGAGGACGCCUAAGCUUCGCUUAUGGCGGCGAAUACCAGCAGAUACCGGAAUUCACUGGCUGUCCAUGUAUGUUCAAAACUUAUCUAAAUAUGGUGACACUUUACUAUCCCGAUUGUCGCGUACAACUGCGGGAGGAUUGCGUUGAAAUUGAGGACGAUGAUGAUGAUGAGUGCAAUAAAUGAUGAUGAAAUGUUAUAAUCGUAUCAAAUAUUUGAAGUAUGUGCACUAGUGUAUUUUUGACGACUACACCGCAUUACCGCUAAUUUAUUUUGCUCAGUUUUUGUGCUGGUUCACACUUUAUUAUUUUUUUGUUUGUACUAAAAACAAAAACGAAAACAAAAAAA